AUGGACCUCGAGGACCACCUAUGUCAGGAAAAAGUGUUAACGUUAACGGAUUUUUUUGUGACGCAGUAACCAAUGCAUCACAUCAAAGCGUGCCCAAAACUAAAUUUUUCAUGCAUACUUAGCAUGCAUCCUACUCCAAGCCCUAGGCAAAAUUUGUCAUGCAUGUUUGCAAUGAAACCGUUAACGUUAACACUUUUUUGUUUGAUAUCACCAGCAGUUGAAGAACUCCGACAACGAAAAUUCCUCCGGGGAUGAAGAACACGAUUUGUUCGCGUUACCAGACCCGAAACGCGAGGAGACAAUCAACCAGGACCCUUUUAACUGCGCGAGGAGAUUGGGGAAAUUUGUCAACUGGGGUUCCAAGUUGAAAAAGUUCCGGGCGUCCAUCCUAGCUCAGUUAGCUAUCGGCGAAGACCUGGACAAAGCACUCGUUUUUG